AUGCCCGUCCUUCUUGACUUGCCUGUGGUCUGUUUGCUGCCACGCGCACUGCCACCCAACUUGCUGGAUUGCUUGCCCGCUGGUCCCGCACCUUUUCCACACCAUCACCAAUCCUUGCACAGCGACAUCGAUGUUCCCGCGUGGCUGCCGCCGAAGCAGACGAAUGCAGACGACUUGGAGUGGGCUCCCUUGCACACCUUGGACCUGUCCCGAAUUACAGGUGAAGACUUCACAGAGGUUCCCGAGGACGUGGUGAAAGAUGUUGGCCAAGCCUUCAGCCGAGUUGGGUUCAUCUACUGCGAGGGCCACGGCCUGAGCUAUGGCGAACUGUUGAGGCAAUUUGCCAUCGGGCAGUACGCCUUCAGGAACAUCUCCGAAGGCGACAAGGCAAAGUACAAGGCAAAGAUUCUGGAGACUGGGUCCUUCGUCGGAUACAAGGAGGCUGGCCACUGGAAGAUCGGCCAAGUCAAGGACAGGAUCGAGCAAUGUAACUUCGGGUCCACCUCCUUCAAGCCAGACGUUGCGGCUCGAACCUUUCCCGCAGAUCUACAGCCUCUGAUCCCCGAAAUCUUGGCCUUUGCGCGCUUCAAUCAUGCCAACAUCUACCGCAAGAUCCUCGCGGUUCUUUCGCGGGUGCUCAAGCUACCCGCCGAUUUCCUAUGGAAUCUGUCAUUGAAUCCAGAGGAGAAGGGUGUAGAUCUGCUGAGGUAUGCGAUGUACCACACGCCGGACAAGCGGGACGACGAGAAGCUCGGGGGCGUCAGAUUGCAAGGCCACUCGGAUUUCAACAGUGUAUCCAUUCUCUGGUCGCAGCCCAUCACUUCCCUCGAGGUGCUGAUGCCAGACGAUACGUGGCGCCUAGUGAAGCACAAGGACAAUGCGCUCGUCAUCAACCUCGGCGAUGCAAUGCACUUCCUCUCUGGAUCCUUCUUCAAACCCACUAUCCAUCGCGUUGUGGCUCCACCGAAGGAUCAGGCCCAUUACACCCGUCUUGGCGUCUUUUACUUUGCCCUCUUUAAUCGUGAUGUCAGCUUAAAGCCUCUCAUCGAGCAGUCAUCUGUGGUCAGAGAGGCGUACAAGGACAAGUCUUUCUGGGAGCAGCAGAUCAAGGAGGGCAAGCCCAUCCCUACUGCUGGGGAGUGGGAACAGAUGCGUGUCAAGGCCUAUGGACAGGGUGCAGCCACAAAGGGGGAAGAUGGGCAUGAGCACGAGACAAUCGCCGGACACAAGGUCACACACUACAAUGGCCUCUCGGUCGAUCAGCGCAAGGCUGCUGAACAGCAGCGGAAGUCGGUGGAUCAGCGCAGGCCCAUUGCAGCUAAUUAGACGGAUUGGCGGGAAGACGUGUCGCAGUGGGGGAUACGUUGGCGAUGUUCGACCUAUAGAAUGUAGAUUGUAGCAGACAUUUGACCGCUGUGCUCAGCCCAUUUCUGGCAGCGAUCUCACAAUUGCAUGACCCUCACUGAUGUGCGUCUAUGCGGCUCUGC